AUGGAACAAUCACAGGACGAUACCGGAUUUGACCUGUCCUCCGCGACCGAGCGACAGCAGGAAUCUCAAAUGGGUGUCCUGAUGAAAUUUAUGGAGCAGCAGAUGCGUGCAGCUGAGGCUCGUGAUAAGGCGAUGCAAGAUCUGUUCAAGAAUGUUCAGAGCAGGUCGCUAUCACCAUCGCAGCUUCAGUUCACUCCGCAGCCCUCAGCACCAGCUCAGUCCACCUCGCAGACCUCAGCACCACGGCCAGUGAACAGUGUUUCCUGCCCACACUUAUUGUCGUCUGCGACGCUGGCUGAUUUUCACUCCUUCGUUGAAAGCUGGAGAGAUUUUAGUGUUUGCCAGCAUUUGGCCAGCCAGGCUCGUGAGGCCAGAGUGGCAACACUCCGUCAGUGUUUCGAUGAGGAGCUGCGACGUUUUAUCCGAGAGGAUAUUAUUUGCAUACCAGCUUCAGCUGACGUCGACCUGAUGCUGGAGCGCAUUCAGGCGUAUAUCAGACGGCAACGUAAUCCACUGUUGGACCGCAUAGAGUUUUACCAGCGUGUCCAGCAAGCUGGAGAAUCAUUUGAUGCGUUUUACACAGCCCUGUGUGAACUACAAAGUGCAUGCGACUUCUUGUCACACAGCCUAUGUGGAACGUGUGAUGCUCGCUGCUGUGCGCAGUGCAAAGGCCUCGGCCGUACCCUCAAGGAGGAAUCUCUGCGCGACCGCGUCGUCAUUGGUGUGCGGAACGAUGAGACGCGACACAAGUUGCUCGCAACUCAUGGUCUCACGCUCGACCAGGCUGUCACCCUCUGUCGGACGGAGGAAGCAGCAUACCACACCAAGGCACACAUGCCCAGUCCUGGCCUCCAGGCAAGUGCUGCCAAGCAGUCGGCGUACAAGCAGCAGAAACGUCACAAGCCAGCUGACUCUAAGCCAAGUGAGGCAUCAAGUGCGGCCAAGUCCACUUGUCCAAAUUGUGGUCGUUCUGAGCACACGAAAUCUGUAUGUCCUGCCAAGGGCAAGAAGUGCAACUCCUGUCAUGGCAUUGGGCAUUUUCAGCGAAUGUGCAAGAGCCAGAAACAGCCCAAGACUAGCUCUGCUGCCAAGCUUGGACAGCUGAAGCUACAGCGUGCGUCUCGCGUGGACCGUCGCACAGUACCUGUUUCGACCAUGCUGCAAACAGAGGAUCAGCCAUCCCAACUGUCCUGGACACCAGACACAGGCAGUGACAUUGAUGCCAUUGGCGAGGAGCACCUCACGCAGAUCGGUGGGUUCGUCGAGAACUUAGAUGACGACCACGACUGUGUGCAGGCUGUGACCGGUGAGCCGCUACGCAACCUGGGCAAAAUACGUGCGACUCUACGAGUCGGUGAGACGCAGCAUGAAACCGUCAUCCAUGUGUACAAGGGUCUACACGAUGCCCUGCUCUCUCAUACCUCAUUGCGUGCGCUGAAGUUUCUCCCACCUGAUUGGCCAGUCCAAUUCACCGCUGAACACGAGGGUGCAUCUUCACCCAAGAUCUGUGCAGCUGUUUCGUCAUGCGCUCAUCCUAGUGAUGCUGAGUUAGCGCGGACACGUGAGCAGCUCCUGCAAGAGUUCGCUGACGUUUUCUCGGAUUCCGGUCUGAAGCCAAUGGAAGGUCCGCCAAUGGAAAUUGAGCUACAGCAUGAUUCUAAGCCUUCCUGUGUGCACACUGCUCGACCAAUACCGUAUGCAUUCCGUGACCAGAUCAAGACUCAGCUCGACGGCAUGGUCAGCGACGGGAUCAUUGAACCAGUGACGGAGCCUAGUGAAUGGUGCCAUCCGAUUGUCAUAGUAGACAAGAAGGGCAGCACUGAGAAGCGCCUCACAGUUGACUUCAAGCGGCUGAACGACCAAGUCCGUCGUCCCGCGCAUCCCGUACAUACGGCACGUGACGUUGUCUCUGGAGUUGGCUCUGCUAAGUUCUUUACGAAGCUCGAUGCAAGGCACGGCUACUGGCAGAUUCCUCUCAGUGACACUGCUCAGGAAUUCACCACGUUUAUCACCCCGUACGGCAGAUAUCGUUAUCUACGGAACCCGCAGGGUCUAAUAUCUGCUGGGGAUGAGUUCAACCGGCGCACUGAUGCUGCGUUCUCUGCCAUCCCGCGUCUCGGCAAGGUAGUCGAUGAUUGCCUAGCGUACGACGACGACUUUCUGUCGCAUGUCAGCCACGUGCGCGAGAUUCUGCUCUGCGCCAGGGAGCAUGGUAUCACGUUCAGCCCCGCCAAGUUUGUGUUCGGUACGCAACGUAUCCAUUUCUGCGGCUACAACGUCACGCCUGAUGGCUGGGUCGUCGACGAUGAUAAGACGUCCGGUAUUCGCCAGUUUCCAGUACCCGCCAACAGAACUGAUCUCCGUUCGUUCCUCGGUCUAGUGAACCAAUGUGGCGAGUUCACUCCACAUCUAGCCGAGUUGACCAAUCCUCUGCGUGGCCUGCUCAAGACCUCCCGUGAGUUCAUGUGGGACGCUAGCCACACUGCAGCGUUUGAACAGACACAGGAAGCUCUCUUGUCUCCUCCGGUUCUCGCUUUCUAUCAAGUUGGUCAAGACCUCCGGCUUGAAACCGAUGCAUCCGCUCUAAGAGGUCUCGGAUUCGUGCUUUGGCAAAAGCAGAAUGAUCAGUGGCGUAUUAUUCAGUGUGGAUCCCGCUACCUGUCUGAUGCUGAAACCCGUUAUGCUGUCAUCGAGUUGGAAAUGCUCGCUGUAGUAUGGGCCGUGCGCAAAUGCCGCAUCUACCUGUCUGGUGCGCCAUUUGAAGUAGUCACCGACCACAAGCCCCUGAUUCCGAUCAUCAACUCAUAUUCGUUGGAUCAGAUCGAGAACCCGCGUCUUCUCCGAUUACGCCUCAAGCUCCAAGCCUAUCAGCUGCAGGCAUAUUGGCGAAAAGGUUCUGAAAAUGCCUUCGCCGAUGCGCUGUCCCGGAAUCCUGUUGGCAUUCCUUCCACCACUGAUGAGCUUGGUGAAGCCCCGUCGCUUCAUUGCCGCAGCAUUCAGAUCUGCAUGGUGCACUCUGACACUGAGCCGAAUGCGAAUCUCAAGGUUGCAGAGCUGCGGGAAGCUGCAGCUGCAGAUGCCAUGUACCAGUCAUUGAUUGAGUGUAUCUUGACUGGAUUCCCUGAUCGCCAGCAGAAGUUGCCUGCUCCGUUACGUGCGUACUGGAAUGGACGUGAGCAUCUCUCCGUCGACCAUGGUAUUGUGUUGAAGGGCAACCGCAUUGUUGUUCCUGAAUCAUUGCGUGCUCAGGUAUUGCACAACCUCCACGCUUCACACCAAGGCCUAGUGCGUACUAAGUCUCGUGCGCGUCAGCUUGUAUACUGGUCCGGUAUCACCAAGGACAUUGAUACACUCGUUCGUUCUUGUCCUGCUUGCCGCGAACACCAGUCGUCCCAGCCAGCUGAGCCCCUGCUGAACGACCGCACCCCGACACUACCGUUUGAAUGUGCAUCUGCCGAUUUGUUCACUUGUCAAGGUCACGACUUCCUUGUGUAUGCAGAUCGUUUGACCGGUUGGCCCUGUGUCGCGCGUACUGGCCGCACCACCUCAUCGCAUGACGUGAUACUAGCAUUCCGUCGCUGGUUCUCUGAUGUUGGUGUUCCUGCUGUGCUGUGUACAGAUGGUGGUCCCCAGUUCUCCUCGCAUAAGUUUGCUGAGUUUUGUAAGCGCUGGCAGGUAAACCAUGUCAUGUCCUCUCCCCACUACCCGCAGAGUAAUGGGCACGCCGAAGCUGCUGUCAAAGCCAUGAAGCGUCUUAUCACCAAGACAACCGUGAAUGGCAAUCUUGACACAGAUGACUUCCGCCGAGGGCUACUGGAAUGGCGAAACACACCUGGCUCCUCUGGUCAGAGCCCCGCUGAGCUCCUAUAUGGCCGCUCUCUCCAGUCAUUCGUCAUUGCACAUUGGAAGGAGUUUGAUUCAUCCUGGCUCUCCAAAGCGACGACACGUGAUGAGACUGCCAUGCCAUCCGACGAUUCCGUCACAGACAAGUCGUCAACUCGUCGCUCGUUGCCGCAGCUCCGCCUCGGCACCCACGUGGAUGUUCAGCAUCCGCGCACCAAGCAGUGGUCUAUUCGUGGGGUCAUUGUUGCUGUCGGUAAUCAUCGGGACUACCUAGUGAAGUUGCCGAGUGGUCGCAUUUAUUGGCGGAACCGCAGAUUCCUGCGUCCGUAUCGCCCACUUGUGCCUGCACCGCUUGUUGUCCAACCGGCUGCUGCUGACGCCUCUUCCCCGCCGCCGCCGUCCCGCCGCAGCGCACGUCAGCGCAAGCCACCCCAGCGUUUAAACAUUGGUUCGCAUCAUGGACAGUCCUAUGAUUGA